CUCAGCCAGUCGCCGGGGCGGGGCGAGGCGAUUGGGCCGCACUGGGCGUAGGAAGGGUAGCUCGCCGGGGCUGCUGCCCGUGCCCGGAGCGGAGCUGUACACUGGGCGCGGCGGGUCCGCAGAAUUGAAGAAAAAAGCUUUAGAGUUACUCUUGCUGUUUGGAAUACGUUGAGAAAGUGACGUAAGUGGAGCAACAUGAAUUACUCUCGAUUCAUCACUGCUGUAAGCGCAGCAAGAAAGGCAUCUCCAAUAAGAGUUCUGACUGAACUAAUGCAGAGGUCCCCACCAUCACUAAUCUCUCUGGCUGGCGGGGCACCAAACCCUAACACUUUCCCAUUUAAAACUGCCAGGAUCACCAUUGCAGAUGGAACUGCUGUUGAGAUGGAGGAGGAUUUAAUGAAGAGAGCCCUCCAGUACUCUGCCUCAGCUGGAAUUCCUGAGCUGUUGUCCUGGCUAAAGGGUUUACAGAAGAGUCUCCACAGUCCCCCCACAGCCAACUACAGUCCUGAUCAGGGACAAAUGGAGAUAUGUGUCACUACAGGCAGCCAGGAAGGCCUGUGUAAAGUGUUUGAGAUGCUUAUUAACCCUGGAGACAACAUCCUCCUGGAUGCACCCACAUAUCCUGGAACACUAGCAGCUCUGAGACCCCUGGGCUGUGAUAUAAUAAAUGUCCCCAGUGACCAACAUGGUAUUAUUCCAGAAGCCCUGAAAGAGAUUCUCUCUAGGUGGAGCCCAGAAGAUGUAAAAAACCACUGCAACAACGUCCCCAAAUUUUUGUACACCAUUCCAAAUGGUGGCAAUCCCACUGGAACUUCACUGACCACUGACCGCAAAAAGAAAAUAUACCAGCUUGCAAGACAAUAUGAUUUCCUUGUAGUAGAAGAUGAUCCAUAUUAUUUUCUUCAGUUUAAUAAGCCUUGGCCCCCAACCUUUCUCUCCAUGGAUAUUGAUGGUCGAGUUAUCAGGACUGACUCUUUUUCUAAAAUUCUUUCAUCUGGGUUGAGAAUUGGCUUUCUAACUGGCCCCAAACCUCUUAUCGACAGAGUUAUUCUACAUAUACAGGUUUCAACAAUGCACACCAGCACUUUCACGCAGCUUAUGAUAACACAGCUUCUUCAGCAGUGGGGAGAAAAAGGUUUUCUGGAGCAUGUAGGCAGAGUAGUGGAAUUCUACAAGAGCCAGCGGGAUGCAAUGCUUGUUGCAGCAGACAAGUGGUUAAAAGGUUUGGCAGACUGGUACUCCCCUGCUGCUGGAAUGUUUCUUUGGAUUAAAAUUAAGGGAGUUUCUGACACCCAACAUUUGAUCAUGGAAAGAGCUUUGCAGAAAGAAGUACUACUGGUUCCUGGGGGAGCAUUUAACAUUGAUAGUUCACAUCCUAGUUCUCAUGUUAGAGCUUCCUUCUCUUUGUCUUCUCCAGCUCAGAUGGAUCAGGCAUUUCAGAGGUUGGCUGAGCUUAUAAAAGAAGCUGUGUGAAGAGGAGAAAUGAAAAGCUAUAGCUAACUCAAAUGUCUUUGGAAAAUUUGCACCAUUAUGAAAAUUAGAAUUUCAUCCUGCAAGUUACAGAAAAAUCUAUUGCCCUAGCUGUUAGCCAUGGCUGGGAUUUUAAACAUGGACAAAGAAUCACCAGAAGACCUUUCAGUUGGAAGUACAGUUAUAUUUUAAGAAGAAAUGAUCUGUCUUAACGCACCGAUUCCUUUUCAUGACCGAGAAAGACACUAUCCCAAAUUCCAUUGCAGCUGUGAUUAUACGAUAUGUGAUGUACGUGAUUAUGCUAUAGCAAAACUGGUUAACACUGGGUGCAUCUACAAGUGACACUAUGUCACCGGAGUCUUUAAGGCCCCCCUACAAGUGACAGGUAUUGUGCAAGUAUCUGGUUAAUUAUACUAUUACCUUAAGGCCAACUACAUGUGCAAAGUAGCUAUAACAAUAAAAAGCUCCACCCAGCUAUAAAGUUAAACUUCAAAAACAUGUACUAACUUUAUAGCUGGUUGUUACUGAGCUUUAAUUUGCACAUGUAGCAGGGUCUCCCCUGUGGCUGGGAGCCCCAUGAACUGACAAGAGCUCCCAGCUACAGGGGUAUACCUUAUCCAGCAUGAAAAACCUGAGCCCUGGGGAUUGCAGCUGCCGUGACCCUCAAGGCUAGGGGUAGGGUGUAAAACUCCCAGUCCACAUGGCGUUCUCAGUCUGACUCGUCACCUGCAGCACGGACUGAGAGACCCUGCAAGGGACAGGACUCCCAAUCCUGGCUGCAUCUCACAUGUAAGUGGUACUAGCAGCCGCACAACUGACACAGCCAGGACCAGGAGAGGUGCAGCCAGGACUGGGAGCUCCAUCAGUUACACGGCUCUCAGUCGCAUCUAACCGUGGGGCUCAGCUGGGAACAGGAGUCCCAUCAGUUGUGGGAGUCUCUUGACUUUGGCUGCACAUGGCCUCCACGGCUGGGAGCACCCUCAGCAGAGGGGAUUCCCAGCCAUGGAAGCUUGCUUCUUGCCAGUCAGAGAGAGCCCAGAGAUAGGAUCAGGCUCCCCCUGCACUGGCAGUAUGUCCCAAUUUGGACUUAAUGAAAUUGAAAUGAAAUCCCACAAUCGCACCUCCUACUGUGGACAUUUAGCAGGGCAGGAGGCACAAUUGUAUGGAUCACACAUUAGAUCCAGUCAUGCCUUAACCUGCAUGUUUAGAGGGGCCCUAAAAUGCUACUCUUUAGAGGUGCUAGCAACCAUCCCAUAGCAGGAUAAAUUAAUUCUCUGUUUCUCAAAGAGCUGUGUGCAUAUACUUGUCUUUAUGCAGUUAAUAGAACAACUCACAUUUCAUAAUGCUAAGUGUAUGCAUCUUAGCAGGACCAAAAACAAAAUACCUGAAGAGGAGAAAUAGAUAAUAUACAAAAUUUCAUCAAGUAUGCAAAACAAGCAAAUGGAAAGUUAACAAAGCUUUUUGUUCUCUAGUCUAUGGUUAUCAUCAUUAUCUAAGGGGCAAGAUAGUGGCUAUAAAAUAUAUAAAAAGAAAUAUGAUUUGAGUUGUUUGUGCAAAUGCUCAAAAGUGGCGGUAUGCUUAGCUGUGUAAUUCAUGUUCUUUUUUCUGGAUAAUUUAUGUAGCCAGCUACUAAUCUGAUGCCAUUAAUUUAGUUAGUAGCCAGCUACUAAUUUAUGUGGCCAGCAGAUAUUUAGCAUUUCAUAUAAAAGUCAGCGAUUCAUAAUUUGACAUGAGAGCCUUUUUAUGGUCCGUCAACCACUAUUAACAGUUACAAUAGGAAACAUUAUAAAACACUCAUACUUUUAUUUUUCCUUUUCUAGCUUGUUAUGCUGGACAACAUGAUCAAGUUGUCCAAGUGUUUUGUGCCUUUUACCUUGGCCUUAUUUGUCUCAGCUGUAUUGUUUGACAUGUAAGGCAUCCCUAAAUUUUGCAAUUUCCUGCACAGCAUGUCUGAGACCCAACUUUUUCUCGUUGCCCAAGAUAUUAUGCAAGUCCUGAUCAUUUUGCAGGAUCAUGUAGCAGUUUAAAUAUUUCAGUUUCUUCCUCUUUGGAAUCAUUUACUUGAACCUCAUGAUCUCAGGUCCAUUCAAAAUACUGCCACAGGUAUCAUCACACUGGCUUGUUGUGCUUUUUACUCCCUCUGCUAGUUCUCCACUAGCUCCCUCCCUUUCAGUGCAUCAGACAAACUUCCUAAUUUUUAUUUUCAAAACUUUUCAAAAUGUAGUCCUACUCUGCCUGUCUAUUCCACCUUCUUAUCCCAGGAACUUUGCUCUAUCAGUGAUCCUAGCCUAAUCUACCUGAUUCUUCUCUCUCCCUAGAAGCACUCUUGUUGAUUCUCCCACCCUUCAUAAUGGGAAAAAUUGUGUCACAGUAGUACCACUCCAUGUCCUCCAAAAGUGUGUGUUCACUACUUUCCCGGUGCUUUCAGAGACAUGCCAUUCAAGCACAGCCUGACCACCCACUGCAUACCUGUCAAACUGGAUAUGAAUUAUGAAGCUGCCUUGUGGAAUUCUUUACCAUUGCUCUCAAGAUCUCUGUCUUUAGCAUGCUUGAGAGCAGCGGCAGGAUGCAUUCAUGAUGACUUCACUGCCCUGUUUUGUGUGUACAGAGCAGGAGAUGGGUGGGGUUUAUUGGGGAAUCAGGGCAGCAUUAUCCUCACUUUCUCCUCAGACCUUGUCUUGGACAGAAUGCAUACUGGGAAGCGCGACUGAAUGAAGGAUAAGAGAGGUGGAGUUGCACCACUUGUACUGACUACUUAAGCACUGUGGAGAUUUCUUGCUGCAUCUUUUUCUUGCCUCUGGCCUGCACAUGUGACUUGCCCACUUGUUUGUAUCUCUGAAAGUCUCUGGAGAAGGGGCUGUCCUUCAGUAUCUUUUUUUGCAGUUUCUAACAUAGUGGUAUGCAACCUGGUUGUGCCCUGUAAUUACUAGAGUAAUGUUUAACAAUUUUAAAGGAGGAAGUUUUUAUGUCCCUUUACUACUCCUUAACUAAAUAUAUUAAUAAUAAAAGACUAUUUUUGCAGCACUUUAAAAUGACAUUCUUGUUUUCAACAAGAUAGAUAUUUGAAAUCCCAAAUGUCUCAUGAAUUUUAGAAAAUGUUUUACACAAGAGAAUGAGGUAAUGUGUCUAGUAAAUUUAAAGUAAGUAAGUUGAUAUAUUUUAAAAUAGAAAUAAAUGUUAAGAAUGUUAGUGACAUUUAAGAUUGACUCCUCUUCCCCCAUGAAUACCACCUUCCUUUUUUAAACAUAAUUAGAAUAAACAUAUUAA